CAUGAUCGAUCAUUUCAUAAUUAUAUUGCUAACAUUCAUAUAUUAUUUUCUGAAAUUCAAUCAUCAAUCAACACUUACAUGGCUUAUAGAAUUGUUGUUACAAUAUUGGUGCUGCUAGCCACAAUAUGUGAUGCACAGUUGUCUUCUACAUUUUACGACACUACAUGCCCCGAUGCACUAACCACCAUUAGAACUGCCAUUCGUACAGCUGUCUCUAAAGAGCGUCGCAUGGCUGCAUCUCUCAUUCGCCUUCAUUUUCAUGACUGCUUUGUGCAGGGCUGUGAUGCAUCCAUUUUGCUAGAUGACAGUACCACAAUCGAGAGCGAAAAGACUGCACUUCCAAAUCUUAACUCAGCAAGAGGAUUUCAAGUCAUUGAUAAUGCAAAAUCACAGGUAGAGAAAGUAUGUCCCGGAGUUGUGUCUUGUGCAGACAUAGUAGCUGUAGCCGCACGUGAUGCAUCAUUCGCUGUAGGUGGUCCAUCAUGGACAGUGAAACUUGGAAGAAGAGAUUCUACUACGGCAAGCAAAAGUUUGGCCAAUACGGACCUUCCAUUCUUUACCGACGAUCUUCAAACUCUUAUAUCUAAAUUUACUAUUAAAGGUCUCACUGCCAAAGACAUGGUUGCUCUAUCUGGUAAAUUUAUUACUAGUUUCAAACAUCCAUAUUUUCAUAUUUGCUUAUAUUAAUCAAUUUGAUUUUAACUAACUUAGGU